AAUCGAAAGUAUUGCCUCAGGAUUACCAAAUCCGGUUCCCUCGUUCACCAGAUUAGCUCGACGAAUCCAGGGCCUGGCUACGCCGCCGUCGUCGUCGCUAUGGCCGGAAGAGGGAAGGCAAUUGGCUCCGCCGCGGCGAAGAAGUCCACGUCCAGGAGCAGCAAGGCCGGACUCCAGUUCCCCGUUGGCAGGAUCGCCCGAUUCCUCAAGGCCGGCAAAUACGCCGAGCGCGUUGGCGCCGGCGCCCCCGUCUACCUAGCUGCAGUCCUCGAGUACCUCGCCGCCGAGGUUUUGGAGCUCGCUGGGAAUGCUGCAAGAGACAACAAGAAAUCUAGGAUCGUUCCGAGGCACAUUCAACUAGCCGUGAGGAACGACGAGGAGCUCUCUAAGCUGCUGGGAGAAGUCACCAUCGCGAGCGGCGGCGUGAUGCCAAACAUCCACAAUCUCCUUCUUCCCAAAAAGGCUGGAUCUUCCAAGGCGGCCGCAGGCGAUGAAGACUGAAAGCUGAAAACCUUCUGGUCUAGGGUUUCAUGGCCUUGUAAUUUUCAUGAUUAUUUGUUUUUUAUUUUUUUGGUUUUCCCAACUUUUGUACCAUUAGCAUUGUAUCAUCCGGAAUUGUUUAAGAUCAAGCUUGUUCAUCCUUAAAAUAUCA